AUGGGAAAUAAAAUCUAAAUCCAACUCAAUUCAAAAUUCUAUUUUCCGAACUAAACUAUACAAGGUAUUUGUCAGAUCUAUUAGAGGAAUGGUGAUUAUAGAGGAUUCUCAAGAUACUUUGAAAGAGUUUUCUAAACUCUAUAUUCAUCUACAAGGCGAGGAAGCUUGGGAUAAAGGCUUUGAGUGUCUUGAAUCAAGUGAUUUUAAUGUCUUCCAUUCUCAAUUUAAGAUGCUUAAAGACAUCAAUGAGGAACGAAACCCAGAAGAUUAGAAAUUGAAAAUCUAAAAAACGAUCGCAAUUCCAUUCACUUAUGCAUUACCUGACAACAUCCCUGGUUCGAUGAAAAGAGAAAAGGGUUAUAAACUAAAGAUCGAUUACUCUAUGUCUUUGAUUGCUGAGACCCUUAAAUUGGAUAGGAUUGUCUUAAAAAAAUUGCCCAUCAUUGUAAACCAAUAUGCAGUGAGACAAAAUAUCAGUCGAAGCAUAUCUAAUAGUCAUGCCAUGAGAGGAUUUUGGCAUACCUAUUAAGGAGUAUUAUUGAGAAUCGAUAUUAGAUUGCUAAAUUGGAAUGCAAAUAUAGUGGCGAGGAAUUUUCGAUUGGUGAUUCAAUUCACUUGGAAUUGUAGGUGGAUCUAAGGGAAAGCAAAUAAUACAUAUAGGAAAUCGUGAUUUCAUUGAAUAAGAGAACCACUAUCAAUGAUAGAGAACCAAAAGUUAUCAUAGAAUAAAUUUCCAAACAUCAUUUGCCUGGAAUUGUCCAAGGAAUCGUUUAGACAAUCAAAAAGUCUAUUGUGCUCUUUGAUUUUAAUAACAAAAUAGAACUAUCCACUACUGGAUAACAAAUUAAGGUGGAUUAUUUAAUUAGGAUACAAGCCAAUUCAACAUUGUUCAACCUCAACAAUAAUGACUUAAGAAUCGAUAUUCCUAUCAAUUUAUUCCAAAGAAGAAUCAAAUCAAACGAUUUAAAGUAUGAAACCAACCAGAUUAAAGAUCUAUUCCAUCUGUAUGAUGUAAAUAUUUAAAUAGUUGUUAGGUCGUAAAACUAUGAUCAAUUGCAC